AUGGAUGAGAAGGAGAAGACCGAAAAGAGAGAAGGGAGUUUCAACUCCGAAGUCGACUCUUCUCAGACCAGCGACUAUGAACAACAACGUGAAGAGCUUCGCAUCUCAAAUCCGCAAGGAUUCACGUCGACUCUGACAGGAGUGAAUAUAGAGAAAGCUGAGCAUGAUUUCGAGGAAUUAAAUCGCCAGUUUUCAAGCAUCUCUCAUCAAGCCCGUCAUUUAUCCAAGCAGGCCUCUCGAGCUUCGAGACCAAUUGUCACCGCCGAAGAUGUUGAAGGGACAGGAAGCUCCGCCGAUUCAGAUGAUCUCUGGGAUUUGGAGACUACCCUCCGAGGCAAUAGAACCGCAGAGGAGGAAGCGGGUAUAAAGGACAAGCAUAUCGGGGUUAUUUGGAAUAAUCUUUCCGUUCGAGGAAUGGGAGGCGUCAAGACCUAUAUCAAAACCUUUCCCGAUGCGAUCAUCGACUUUUUCAACGUGCCAGAAACGAUCAUGAACAUGCUUGGAUAUGGCAAUAAAGGAAAGGAAUUCAAUAUCUUGGAAGGCUUUCGAGGGCUCACCCGACCAGGUGAAAUGGUUCUAGUCCUUGGUAGGCCAGGCUCUGGGUGCACUUCCUUCUUGAAAGUCAUCGCAAAUCAGAGAUUUGGAUACACUGGCGUUGAUGGCGAGGUGAUGUAUGGUCCUUUUGAAUCCAAAGCAUUUGCCAAACGAUUCCGUGGUGAGGCUGUGUAUAACCAAGAGGAUGAUAUCCACCAACCAACUCUGACCGUCAAGCAAACUCUUGGCUUUGCUCUGGAUACCAAGACCCCUGGAAAGAGACCAUUCGGGGUAUCCAAGGCCGAAUUCAAAGACAAGGUUGUCAAAAUGCUUUUGCGAAUGUUCAACAUCGAACAUACCGCCAAUACAGUGAUUGGAAAUCAAUUCAUCCGUGGUGUUAGUGGUGGCGAGAGAAGACGAGUCAGCAUUGCUGAAAUGAUGGUCACUUCCGCGACUGUGCUAGCAUGGGACAAUAGCACUCGCGGCUUGGAUGCCUCUACUGCUCUGGACUUUGCCAAGUCAUUGCGCAUCUUGACCAACAUCUACAAAACAACGACCUUUGUUUCCCUCUAUCAAGCAUCUGAAAACAUCUAUAAACAGUUUGAUAAGGUUUUGGUCAUUGAUAGUGGACGGCAAGUAUUUUUCGGUCCGACGGCCGAAGCUCGAUCUUACUUUGAAGGGCUUGGCUUUCGUGAGAAGCCUCGGCAAACCACCCCGGACUAUGUGACAGGGUGUACCGACCCCUUUGAGCGGGAGUUUAAGGAUGGAAGAACUGCCGAUGACGUACCUUCGACACCGCAGGCAUUGGCAGAGGCCUUUGAGAAGUCAGCCUAUAGCAAGAAACUUGAUGAAGAAAUGCAAGCAUAUCGCACACAGGUCGAACAACAAAAGCAAACAUACGACGACUUCGAGAUGGCCAAUCAGGAGGCCAAACGCAAAUUCACUCCGAGAUCAUCUGUCUAUUCCAUCCCCUUUCACAUACAAAUUUGGGCUUUAAUGCAACGACAUUUCUUGCUCAAGUGGCAAGACAAAUUUGCGCUGACAGUCUCUUGGGUUACUUCGACAGGUAUUGCCAUCAUUUUGGGAACCGUGUGGCUCCACCAGCCCGCUACGAGCGCGGGUGCGUUUACUCGGGGCGGAUUACUGUUCAUCAGCAUGCUUUUCAACGGUUUUCAAGCAUUUUCUGAGCUCGGUGGCACUAUGAUGGGUAGGACGAUCGUCAAUAAGCAUCGUUCCUUCACAUUCUACAGACCAAGUGCUCUUUUUAUCGCACAGAUUUUGGUGGAUACUGCAUUCGCAAUAGCGCGCAUUCUGAUCUUUAGCAUCAUCGUCUACUUCAUGUGCGGUUUAGUCCUCGAUGCUGGGGCAUUCUUCACCUUUGUCCUCGUUAUUCUCACUGGAUAUGUCUGUAUGACUGCACUUUUCAGGUCUAUUGGGUCUAUCUGUCCCGAUUUUGAUUAUGCGAUGAAAUUUGCUGCUGUUAUCAUUACUCUCUUCGUGCUGACCUCGGGCUAUCUAAUCCAGUGGUCUGGCUCUCAGGUCUGGUUAAGAUGGAUUUAUUAUAUCAAUCCAUUUGGUCUGGGCUUCGCGUCUCUGAUGGUGAACGAGUUUAGUCGCCUUACAAUGACAUGUACACAAGAUUCCUUGGUGCCCAGUGGCCCUGGGUAUGGCGAUAUUACACACCAAGCUUGCACUCUCGCCGGCGGUGAGCCGGGGUCGGACAUCAUUCCAGGAUCGAGUUAUCUUGCUACGACAUUCAGCUACGACACCGGAGAUCUCUGGAGGAACUUUGGAAUUAUGAUUGCCCUAAUUUUCGGUUUCCUCGGGAUGAAUCUAUACUUCAGCGAGAUACUGCAAUUCAAUGCAGGCGGAAAGACACUCACCUUCUUCCACAAAGAAAACGACGAACGUAAGCAGCUGAAUCAAGCGCUUGAGGUGAGGAAAGCAAGUCGCCAGUCGAAGACCGUUGAUACCGGUGCCAAUCUCGAAAUAUCCUCGAAGUCUGUCCUUACGUGGGAGAACAUAUCUUAUGAAGUUCCCGUGCCAUCCGGCACACGACGACUCCUGAAUUCCGUAUAUGGUUACGUUCAGCCUGGCAAACUCACGGCUCUAAUGGGCGCGUCUGGAGCUGGCAAAACUACUCUCCUGAGAUUCAAGCCCAGCACCUCGUUCCAGCGAAGCACUUCAUACGCCGAGCAGCUAGAUGUGCAUGAGUCAAUGGCCACUGUUCGUGAAGCUCUGCGCUUCUCUGCUGAUCUACGCCAGCCAUUUGAAGUUCCCCAAUCUGAAAAAUACGAAUAUGUUGAGGAGAUCAUCAGCUUGCUUGAACUUGAGAGUCUAGCAGACGCAAUAAUAGGCACCCCGGAGACUGGGCUGUCUGUGGAAGAACGAAAAAGGGUUACCAUCGGUGUAGAGCUUGCAGCCAAGCCUGAACUACUUUUGUUCCUGGAUGAGCCAACUUCUGGCCUGGAUAGCCAAUCGGCCUUCAAUAUCAUUCGAUUCUUGAAGAAGCUGGCUGCGGCUGGUCAAGCAAUCCUCUGUACAAUUCAUCAGCCUAACUCCGCUCUGUUUGAAAAUUUUGACCGGCUUCUACUCCUGCAAAGGGGUGGAGAAUGCGUUUACUUUGGUGACAUUGGAACGGAUUCCAACGUUCUAUUGGACUAUUUCCGUCGCAACGGUGCAGACUGCCCUGCUGACGCCAAUCCCGCUGAGUGGAUGCUUGAUGCUAUCGGCGCAGGUCAAACACGACGACUUGGAGAACGUGAUUGGGGCGAGGUCUGGCGAACAGCUCCCGAGCUAGAAGUUAUCAAGAAAGAUAUCGUUCAAAUCAAGAGAAGUCGUACUCAGACCGUCCAGCAGGAAGCGAGCCAACAACAGGACAUCGUUGAGAGAGAAUAUGCAUCGCCACUUUGGCAUCAGAUGAAGGUAGUAGGUCGACGAACGCAUUUGUCGUUCUGGCGCUCGCGCAACUACGGCUUUACUCGACUUUUCACACACGUUGUUAUUGCACUUAUCACAGGCCUCGCAUUUUUGCAACUCGACGACUCUCGUUCCUCGCUUCAAUAUCGAAUCUUCGUUAUUUUCAAUGUGACGGUGCUGCCAGCAAUUAUCCUACAGCAAGUUCAGCCUAAGUACGACUUAUCUCGAUUGAUUUUCUACCGUGAAUCCGCUUCGAAGACGUACAGCCAGUUCGCCUUUGCAUUUUCUCUCGUUCUGGCAGAGAUGCCUUACAGUAUUCUCUGCGCCGUCUGCUUUUUCCUACCCCUAUAUUAUCUCCCAGGCUUUUCUAUGGAAAGCAGUCGUGCGGGAUACCAGUUUUUCAUGGUCCUAAUCACAGAAAUCUUUGCCGUGACUCUCGGACAGAUGAUCUCAGCCCUGACACCGAACAGCUUCAUUGCCUCCCAACUAAAUCCACCAAUUGUGAUCAUUUUCUCACUCUUCUGUGGUGUCGCAAUUCCGAAGCCACAAAUCCCAGGGUUUUGGCGCGCAUGGCUCUACCAGCUUGAUCCGUUUACCCGACUGAUUGGCGGAAUGGUGGUAACGGAGCUCCAUGGGCGUGAUGUUUCCUGUGCAGAUAUAGAACUCAACACAUUCAAUGCUCCCGAUAACGAGACAUGUGGCGAAUACAUGCAAUCCUUUUUCGAGCGCGGUGGGGCUGGAUACUUGGUGAAGAAUGCUACCCAGACUUGCGAGUAUUGCGCGUACAAGAUCGGAGACCAGUUCUACGCGGCAUUCGGCAUGAACUUCGACCACCGAUGGAGGGAUCUAGGUAUCUUCAUCGCGUUUGUCGCGUCCAACCUGAUCAUAUUGUUCCUGGCGUCCCGGUUUUUCAACUUUAACCGGAGAUGA